AUGAAUGGUCACUCCUCACGUCUAGAUGAUCACAACUCCGAUCAUCGAGAUAUCAAACCCUCGGAUCAGUUAUCGAACCAGCAACAGCAACAAUCUGGUUCUUCGACUCGUCAGGCUGCCCUGGCUGCUGCGGCCAUGGCCAAGGUCUCAGCAGAACUAACUAUGAAUGCUCCGUUCUCAUUGACUGAUCGUCUGACUGACGGUUCUCUACGACGUCCCCGACGAUCGGAAACGGUCCCCAAUGGGUCACGCGCUCCACGUCGCAGCGAUUCCAAUCGACGUGUCUCAGAUGCGUCCGGUAAGUUCUGCAUAUAUCCUCGCUACUUUAUAAUUUCAACUCACGUGAUUUAUUUUUCGAUACCACAUACUAAUAGGAGAACUGUCGGUCUAAACUUUUUGGGUUAUUGUGCAUGCUGUUCUCUUAGCUCUGUGUUUAUGAAAGAAGGUUUUACGACAAACAUCACGGGUGGCCCACAUGAACGAUCGCUCUGA